AUGUCGGCAAAGGAUUUAAUCAAUUCAAAAAUUAAUAUAGACAAUAAAUAUUUAGAAACUUUAUUUAAACAAGUAUCUGAAAGGACUGCACAAGAUCGUUAUAAAGAUAUUAGUCAGGAGGAAUUAUUUCCCUUCACACAAGAAAAACGGAUCCCUUUUCCAUUACGUUUGCAAGAGAUCGUGGAUUGGGAGAACAUUCAACAAAAUGUCGAUGUACACUGUUUAUUCGGAUGUUUCCCUUAUACAAAAUUUGUAUAUUUUGUUCUCGACUAUAAUUUAUUUAUUUGGGAUUAUGAAAAUAGUAAUAGUAACAAUGAAGCAGCCAUUGGUCAUAUAGAUAUUCAUCCACAACAAGACAAGAAAAUAAAAAGUGUGGGCCUUGUCAAGCCUAGACCUGGUCGUUGGGUUGAUAAUGCUCAAUAUGUACUAGUGAUAGCAACAGACAAAUCAGUAUAUGUGUUUGGAUUGAGUGCUACAGAGAACAAUGAGGAAAUAACUUUUCAUGACAUGUCUUCAUUAAAAUACAUAUCUGAUUAUAGUGGAAGAUCAAUCGAUUCAAUAGUUGGUACUGACAAUGGUAGAAUUUUUUUGAUAGAUGAUGGUGAAUUAUGUGAAUUGAUUUAUGAUGAUGAGGGGUGGUUCAAUAAACCCUGCAGAUUAGAAAUUCACUCUCUCAAUCUUAUUAGUUCAACACUAAGAUUUGUUAAUGGUGGGUUUUCUAAUUUUAAAUCUUGUAUUGUUGAUGAUACUCACAAGAUGGUUUAUGCCAUGUCUACCAAUCGCAUUGAAGCUUAUCAUAUGUUAGAUGAUGGCAAAACUUUAAAGUCUGUAGGUUCUUAUUCAUUAAAGGAUGCUGUUAGUGGUGGUCCAUCACUUAAAGGUAAACUUGUUUCAAUACAUCCAACAUAUAAUACCAAUUCACGUUAUUUUUGGUUGAUGGCUGUCACUAGUGUAGGUUAUCGUGGUUAUUUUACAUGUCAUAGAGAUUUUAGUAGAUUGCAUCCUGAUUCACAAAAAUCAACAGAACCAAAUGGUUUAUUCUUGGUGGAAGUGCACCAGCUGCCACAUGGACUUCAACAGCAUCAAAAAGUUUAUCAAAGCUUUAAUUAUUUUCAUGGGAAUUAUUUUGCUUUAAAUAGAAACAAUUCAUCAUACUACUUAACUUACACUUCUCCAAAUCAUGGUGCAAUGUUUCUAAAAUUUAUUCAGAAAAAGGAUCCUACAUUUUCAGAAUACUAUUUCUCAGUCACUUUUAGAAAUAUUUAUGCCAUGGAAGAAAUCCAUCAUUUUAAUUAUAAUCCAAAAAAUUUCAUUGAAUACUCAAAUGACUUAAUUGGUCAAUUCAUUCUUCCCCAAAGAAAAUUUCUUAUAUAUACAUCAGCAGGAAUUCAAAUUUGGGUUAAAAAAAGACCUGUUGAACAUUUGAAAGAAAUACUAUUGAAAAAUCAACAAAAUCUUUUAAAGGAUUUUAUUAGAAAUCAUGGUCUUGAACAAACAUGUGCAAUGUGUUUUUUAAUAGGAAAUGAUCAAAGUCACCAAUUUCUACAAAAUUUCAAAGAAAACUCUUCUCAAUUACAAGAAGCUUUGGCAUUCUGUCUAUCAAGAAUUCUGAGGCCUGUUUGGAAUCAAAGGAUUCUUAAAAAGUCUCUAGUGAAAUCUACAAGUUCUGGUGCUAUUGAAGGAAAAAUAGAUCUAAAUGUGACAUCAGAAGUUCUUAAUGAUGUGCAUCAAAAAUUAAUAAAAUUAAAAGCAUUUUUCCAUAAUCAUUUUGAUUAUAUAACAUUGUCAUCUCAAAUCAACACUUCUGCUUCUUUUUCAGCAACAACAACUACUACUGCACAAAAUAAUCCAAUAGCUAUUCUAUUUAAUUUGAUGAUUAUAAUGGCUGAUGCAAUUUCAUUUGUAUUAUUAAUGUUUGAAUAUGAUUUAUCUGAUAUAAUCACCAACAUUUCAGAAAGUUCAAAAAAAUUAUUAUUUGAUUCAACUUAUGAAGAUCUAGUGACUGCUCAACAAGUAAGAAAUAGUUGGCAUGAUUUGGUGUUGGUGAUCAUUAAAAAAGAAAGCAGUUUACACGAAAAUCUCACCAGAAAUUUGGAAAUUAGAUGUUCUACUUUCUUUAAUGCUUCUGAAGCAAAAAUGUAUCGAGGUUAUGAGGCUCUUCAAAAAGCAAAAAAAAGUGAAAAUGAACUUUCCAAAGAUAAGGCAUUGAAAAAUUCUCUUAAAUUAUUUAAUGACUCUAUUAAUGUCUUAACAUAUGGGAAUCUGAUUAAUUUGUGUCAAGAAUAUAAAAACCUAGGAUUUUAUGAAGGUGCAUUAGAACUAUUAUUAAAAGCAGCACAAACUUUAAAUUCAGAACCUGAUAAAAAAACUUCAAUUAUUGAAAUUCUUAUAAAGACAUUAAGAGAUGCAGAUGUUUUUGCCGACUCUAUCACCUUCACAACUUCUUCACCACAAUUACAAAAAUAUAAUCUACUUCUUCAAAAAACUCUUAAUCUUGCCACAUCAUUAAAUGACAAGGAUUUUCUUUUUGCUUUAUAUGAUGAAUUCUUGAUAACAAAUUCGAUGCAAUUGCUUUUUGAUCCGCCUGCACCAUUCCUUGAAGAAUAUUUUACAUCAAUUGAUGAUGAUCAGUCAUCACCAUUAUCAAUUAUUUCAAGAAGAAAAUUAGAAUUAUAUUGUGAUUUCUGUGCAAAACAUCAUGAAUAUCUCAAAGCAGCCAAUGUUCAAGAAUUCUUGGCACUAAAGCCUGGGAACGAUAUAUCAUUACAGGAUAGACUGCAUUAUUUAUGUCAUGCAGUUGGAUUAGUUGAAAGUAUAAAAGAAUUGAAUCUAGAUGAAAACAUAUUUGAUAUAUUACAAAAAUAUCAUUCAGAAUUAAAGAUUGCACAAAUACAAUAUGACAUUCUACAAGAUAUACUAAAAAUCCCAGAUGAUGAUUACAAUUUUAGAGCAGCCUCUCGGAGUUUGCCAAAUAAAAUCGAAUCAACAUCACUACUCAAUCAACAAAUUUUCGGAGCAAAAACUUUAUUGGACGAAUAUGCAAUUCCUUUCAAGUUAGUUGAAAGGCAAUCAGCAUUAACACAAUAUAUUGCAGAAGUUAAUUUAUAA